GCCCACGACGGAGAAUACAGAAGAGCCCUCAAAGACUGGCAGUCCUUUGUCGAAGCAACUACCCAAACCCUCAUCGAAGUCGACGAUACCAUCCCAGAGCUACCCGCCAAGGACGUCAUCUUUCGCAUCCACCGCGACAUUCGCUUCAGCAAAGACCCAACACCAUACAAGCCUCACUUCUCCGCCGCCUGGUCCCGCACAGGCCGCAAGGGCCCUUACGCAGUGUACUACAUCCACUGCGAGCCGAAGAAGAGCUUCAUCGGCGGCGGCCUCUGGCACCCCGAAGCCGCACACCUCGCCAAGCUCCGGCAGAGCAUCGACGAACGGCCUCGGCGAUGGCGAAGAGCAAUGGCCGACCCGCUCUUCAGGAAGACGUUUUUUCCUGCGCUGGAGAAGAAAGGGGUGGAGGACGUGGUCAAGGCCUUUGUGGGGAAGAAUCAGGAGAAUGCGCUGAAGAAGAAGCCGAUGGGCUACGAAGUCACACACCGCGACAUUGCGCUCCUCAAACUCCGCAACUUCACCGUCUUGACCCAUCUCGACGACCAAGUCCUCUGCAGCGACAACGCACAGGCCAAACUCAAGGACGUCUUCAGCGGCCUAUCCGGAUUCGUAACUUUUCUUAACAGCAUUGUCAUGCCUGAUCCGAAUCUCGAUGACGACGAGAGCGAUGACGAGGAUGGCCAGGAGGGCGAGGAGCAGCAUCGCAGUGAGGAGCCGGAAGACGAGGAGUAG